AAACACUCGCCUGGUCACACAGUAAAGCUGAUUUCAUAGUGGGAAAAAGCAUAGCAAUAGGAAUUCGAGUUGUUUCAAACCCUUGAUCCGAUACGAGAGUCAGCUGCCCGCCUUCACAAUGCUCGAAAACUGUCAGCGCCACCACAUGCUCCUUGGACUAGGAGCCCUAACGAUGGUCACCAUCCUCGUCCUGUUCGUGGAAUCUCGUUACGCGGCAGAUGGGCCUCGUCGCCGAGAGCCGCAGUUCGUGAUCGAGGACAACUCGACCUGCUGGCGGAAUGAGAAGUACACGAUGGUGCAGGAGUGCCACCCGUGCUCCGAAUUCGACAUAGUCAGCCGCAGCCUGGGCGUCUGCAUCCACACGCACUACAAGGAAGUGCUGCGCUGCCAGAGCGGCGAGAUCGUUACGAGGAGCUGCGACCGAGUGGCGCUCAUCGAGCAAAUGAACUUCCUGAAAUUUGAGGUCUCGUGCUUUGUAAUCGGAUUACUUAGCUACCUGGUCAGUUAUGCCCGCGAUCGAGUCCUGUCCAGGCGCAACUACAUGAGAAUCGAGCGACAGCUAAACCGGGUCCAAUAGCCCUCCGCCCCAUCAUCGAUUCCCUUCCCCAAGUGAUACUCAUUGACCGUACGGAAGGUACAUUAUUUAAUUUAGAUUAAGUACAUACACUCUGGAAAUACCAUGUUAAAAUUCAUUUGCUAAUA